CACAAACGCACACAGACACAGUCAAUCACACAACACAAAUAAAACCAAUAGUGGCUGUUCAAACUAUUGUCAAUUUGUCAUUCAAAUCAUCUGUUUCGUGAAUCGUUGUAUAUAUUUUGUAUAUAAUUUUAAUUUAUUCGCAUUUUAUUUAUCGAAAAGUGUUAAGGUUUUUGAGAUCUAGUAAUUAGGAUCGCGUGAAAGUGAUGUUUUGAUUAGUUUUGUUUUUAAAUUCUUGUGACGUCAUUGUUUUCGACUGCCAGCAGUAACGACGCAGUUGCAUUUUUAUUCAUAAAAUGGAUCUAAUUUGAGAAAUAUUGUCUUAAAAAAGGUUAUAAUUUAUUACAAUGUCGGCGGAGUCGCCGCGACACGCUCGAUCCGGCGGACCGCUCACGGUUCCUUCGCAACCGCCAAGUGACCGCAGCAUUAUCGAUGCAGUCUCUGGGUUCAUCAACGAUGUCACACUAUCCUCAUCUUCAAAUGUAGAUCCAAAGGACGUCAUCCAAUGGGCUAGGUUCGAAACUGCAGACAUCAACGAACCGACGCCUGAAGGCGACGGCGACCAUGACAUAUCCCCCCUGCUGCUCAUCCUGGGGUACGGGUCUGGGGUUCAAGUGUGGCUGAUCCCGCCCAACAGCGAGGCGCAGGAGGUCCUGUCGUGGCGCCAGGGCACAGUGAGGGUGCUCCGUAUACUGCCUACUCCGCAGCACGGCGACUGCUUCGCAUCGAAGAGGCCCCUCAUCGCUCUGUGUGACUCUGCUAGUCCCGGACCGACUUUUUGCUCCUUGAGCUUCAUUUCUAUUAGGGGAGGUGAACAGGUGAAAAGCAUCAAGUUCAAGAAUCCCAUAUUGGACGUGUUGGCUAACAAGCGCUCAGUAGUGGUAUCAUUCUCGGAGAGAUUCGCUGUGUUCGACGCUGCGACCUUAGAGGACCGAAUGACCGUCACCACCUGUUACCCUUGCCCUUGUCCCCUUGGAGGGAGCAUGCCUAUCAAUCCGUUGGCCCUGGGUGACCGAUGGCUGGCAUAUGCUGACAGGAAGGUGAAUCAAUCUAAAAGAAGCAGUGGAGGAUGUGAAGGCGAAGGUGUUACCAGCUACACAGCCACGGUGUUGCACGCGGCCAAAUCGCUGAGUAAAGGUUUGCGCGGGCUGGGCGAGAGCGUCGCCCACAGUCUGGCCGGAGGACGCAGUACCUCUCAGUCACCGUCACCGCCUAACGCUGACAUACAGCAGCCUGGCGUUGUCACCAUUAUAGACAUCGAGGGUAACGACGAAGAAGAGAGCCAAGACAGCGACGAGCAAUGCGACCCGAUAGUGGCCCACUUCGUGGCGCACUCGGAGGCCAUCAUCGCGCUGAAGUUCGACGCGAGCGGCAUGCUGCUCGUGACCGCCGACCGACGCGGACACGAUUUCCACGUGUUCAGAAUAAACCCCCACCCGUGCGGGCCUAGUCUCGCUUCUGUACACCAUCUGUAUAUAUUGCAUAGAGGGGAUACGACGGCCAAAGUUCAGGAUAUAGCGAUAUCGCCGGACUCGCGUUGGGCGGCAGUGUCGACAUUACGCGGCACCACGCACAUAUUCGCCGUGAGCCCGUACGGCGGGCCCUGCGGCGUGCGCACGCACACUCAGCCGCGCGUCGUCAACCGCCUGUCGCGCUUCCACCGCUCCGCUGGGUUGCCCAUUCACGCAGCCCAAGCCCACAGCAAGCGCGCCUCCGGCAGCCCGGUAGGGGAAGGUUUGUCCGUGGGAUCGUGGUUCCCCAAUCCGCGGUUGCCGCCGUAUCCGCUCCCCACUACUUGUGCGCCACUAGCUCAACUCCGACCCACGGCCAACAUACCCACGCACACUAUAACUAGGACCAGUUCUGGUCGCCAACGCCUUUCCUCGCUGUCGGAAGACAGUAACAGCGCCCCGCUACUGGCCCGCGCCCGCUUCGGUGUCGCGUGCGUCAGUAGCGCGUCAUUACCGCGCGGCACUCCCGCUCCCGUCACCGCGCUCUACCUCAUGACGGCCAACGGCGCGCUACUGCACCUCGUGCUGCAGCCGCGCCCGCUCAGCGGUGUGCCCAAAGAGAAGAUCUGCGACGAAUCCCCGAUCGAGCUGCAAGUGGAAGGCAUCGCCCAGUGGCAGCUGCAGAGGCCGGCGGCAGCAGCUGAUUUACUGGCUCCAUUGCCGCCAGCUAAUCCAUUACUGCGACCACACCCUGCCGCGAAAUGCACGGACAUCUGUAUGAGCGAGGAGGAAAGGUGGCUCUCCCAAGUGGAGAUUGUGACGCACGCGGGCCCCCAUCGACGCCUUUGGAUGGGCCCGCAAUUCGUCUUCAAGACUUACAACUGCACGGGGUCAAGCUCGUCAUUGUCGGAGGCUGAAACUGUGGAAGUAGAUACGAGCGCGGCCCGUGGAGUGGCCCGCUCUAACCCCGUCAAUAUGCCCGGCGUGCGGCCCAUAGUGCCCGUGCUCAUAGACUCGGGCUCUGCCAGUUCCUUGGAGCAUUCGCCUUCGGACAGUUUUCGGCGCAAGUCACUGUUGUCCGAGAGCGGUCGCGCCGCCUCCCUCUGCGACGUGCAACUGAAGGAAGACCUCGCCGAGGCCAUGAAGGAGGAUCACGGGUGGCGGGAGCAGCGGCGUGGCGCAGACAACGCGGGGGUGUUGGCCCGCGCCGUCGACCCGCUCGGGUGCGUGGUGCAGACCCGCGACCCCGGGCCGCCGCCGCCGCCGCUUGACGCCGACGACUACACGCGCGAGAACCGCGACGAGGCCACGUUCCGGCCCGUGGUGCGCGCGCCCGCCUCGCUGCCGCCCGCCGCGCUGCUGCUGCGCCCGCUGCCCCGCACCACCACCAUCCCCGUGCAGCCGCUGCCGCCCGCCCCGGCACCUCUGCCCCACCCCAGCCCGCUGCCCCUCGACGCUUUCCGCCUCAUCCCGGCCGCCCUCGGCGUCUGCCCUGACGACGACCCCGACCCCGACACAGUACGAACACUGCCAACGCUACACCCGCCUGAUAUGCAGGCGGCCCCCCUAGACGAGUGUCCCACCGGAACGUCGCACGGAGCCGUGUCCGGCGACGAUAGUUGUAAGGUUAGCGAGUGUGAGAAAGAGCGUGACGUGGCCCCGCUCGACGACGGGGUCGGUGAGAGAGUGAGUGAUAAACGAGUUCCCGCCGAUGUUUGUGUGACUGAAAACUUAUCUAGCAAUAGGAGCUCCAUUUCUGAGCGAGUAGGUAGCGAAAUUGUAGAGCCGAAGAGUGAGGGAUCGUAUUCUGUGCAUUCGAAGCGCCAAGGUAAGUCUUCGAAGAACCGUAGCGACGCUGAUAAAGAUAAUGUUAAAGUUUUGAUGGAUAGUGUGCCUUCUACGGAAAACGUUUCUAAAAAGUUGCAAGAUAAGAAGGGCUCUUCGUCGAUAAAAAGCACCAAUAAUAAGGAGAGUAGCUCUGGUAAACGUGAAAAAGCGGCUCAUUCUGAAACUCGUUUAGAUGAUGCAAUACAGGCUACCGAUGUACCGACCGAUUUGCUUUCUAAAUCGACUUUGGUAAAACGAGAAGAGUCGACUAUUAGUGUCCCUACUAUUCAAACUAUGGGCACUAAAGAUAGUAUAUCUCCCGCUGAUGCACUGACCGAUUUGCUUUCUAAAUCAGCAUCAGAGAAAAGAGUCGAACAGACUAUCGAUUCUCUAACAACUCAAAGUACAGGCACUAAAGACAGUAAAUCUGGUGUAAAUAAAAUCCUGCCUUCCAAAAGGAAUUCAAAGGAGUCUUCGCCGUUUUGUGAGGAAUCAAACAGAGCAAUUGAAACUUUAUCAGAAAUUUUACCUUAUACUUCUCAAACGGAAACCUUUUCGAACGUGCCGCUAGAGAGUAAAUCGUCGACUCUUAAAGGCACAGACAAAAAAGAGGGAAAAUCUGGUGUGCGAAAAUCAGCAACGUCAUCUAAAAAACGUUCAAAGGAAUCUUCACCGUACCUUGAAGAAACUAAACUGACAGUUUUAUUUACGACCGAAGUUUUAUCUUCUACGCCUCAAACAGAAAAGAAAGUUGACAAAACCUUAGAAAAAAAUGCUUCUACUAUCAAAAAAACCGAAAAAGUGGAACAUAUUACGGAAGAUGUAUGCACAUCUUUAGCGGCAGAACUCCGGGAGGCAUCACAAGAAAGAUCUACUCCUUAUGUGCAGGUUACCGAAAUGCAGAAUACAGUUGUAAUUGAACCUAAAAUGGCUUCUUCCAUUACUAAAAAAUCUCUAAAGUAUCCAGAGACCGAUAUCAAAACUGAAGACCAAGCCUGGGAUAUGCUGUUGAAUGAACCCGAUAAAAGUGCAAGCCCAACGUCGAUUAUUAGUGAUAAAUCUGAAGAGUCAAAGCCAAAGACUAAAAGGAAUCGCAAAGUUAAAAAAAUAUUGGAGGAAGCCCAAGCAAAAUCGGAUGAAAAUAGUUUCGUAGAAAUUCACGCGAUAGAAGAUAAACAGCAACCUCCAUGUGAUGAUUUGGUAUCAAUUUCGUCGCCGUUUGAAGAUGUAAAUACGUGUAGUUCUUAUGUGGCCAAAACUAAAAAGUGGCGGUCGUCUAAAAGUCUAACGCCUGAGAAAAUGUAUGAGGUGGAGCAAAAUGCAGAUGAAAUUAAUGUUAAGGACGCAUUAGAUGUGACUUGUAACGUGGAGAGGAAAGUGGCUGACAUCGAUGGUUUAUCUCAAACAGAUGAUGCAAAAUGUACAGAAGAUGGAAAAUCGAAAAUUAAAUCCAAUACUCUAGUUAUAACACAAUCUAUAGAAGUAAAAAGGGAAAAUUCAAAUAUAAAUGUAGAACCAUUGACAACACGUAAAAGUAAAUCAUUAUCCCCCUAUUUAGAUAGUCGCAAGGCAGUGGACAAUUUUGCGGACACUGAUGUAAAAGAUGUCUACGUUAUUGAUUCCACGACAGAAGAUUUUCCUGAAAUCCAAAUUACCAGAGGUAGUAAAUCACGUAAGAAGUCGCCUCAAAUCCCGGAGAAUAAAGGAUCAGAAAAACAAUCGCAUGUAGAAAAAUCGGUAAAGUCAUGGAGUUCAGUAGCAGCAUCAAAAUUUGUCAAAAAAGUAGAAGAUAAACCAUACGUGCAUGAUGUUGAAAAGAAUGUAGAGGUAGAAAAUAAAACUGUAGAAAUGUGUGAUAAAGUAUGUGAAUAUAGUGAUGUGGCUAGCGGUUUAGUCGAGUCUUCCAAAGGGAUAUCAUUACACGAAAAGUUGUAUGAGUUGUGUAAGAGAAGAGAUAUUGUGGUGGCUGAAUGCGACGUUCCUUCGGAGCUUAAUUUCGUGGAGGAGCACCAUUCGGUCCUACAUGAGCUACCACCCUUAGAACCUCUAGAUUUUGGUUUGGAUGACUUUAAAUUGGAAGUCAUGAGAGAUAGCCUGUUAGAAGUAAACGAAACAAAACUAACAAGCCCUAUUUGUAAAAUCAACAUAGACGAUAUACUUUCGUCUUUGAAAGAAACUACUACAAAAGCAAUAGAAUCUAGCACAUUUAAUUUGAUAGAACUUGAAAAAGUCCCUGCUAAGAAGGAAAAAGGAUUCAGCGUUAUCGAAAAUCAAAAAAUUAUUUCUCAAGAACUUAAAAUCGACGAAGACUUCAAGACUAACGAACAGGAAACUGAAAUAAUGGAGAAAUCCUCAGAUGACGAUAAUACGUCGCCAGUUAUAUCAACCGAUAGUGAUAAAGAUGAUAGAAAGGUCUCUAAGAUAGCCCUGCCAUCCGUGAAGCAACCAGCCAAGGCAAAAAAGUCGCGCAGAAAGAAGAAAUAAUAAACAUGUGUUCAGAAUAUUUUAUAAUACUUUGUGUGCUGCGAUGUUAUUUGUUAUAAAACCGUGAUUAUUAGCUAUAAAAUUAUUUGCUGCUAUAUUAAUGUAGUUUAGUUAGGUAAAGCAAUUUUUAAUAUUAAAAAUACACUAUUAAAAGACAAAAAAGUUGUAAGUUCAAUUAUAAAUAACAAAACAUUGUUUGACGCCUAAUCAAAUCAAUGAUUAUACGUAGGCGAAUAAUUAAUUUAUAAUUUGAUUUUGUCACAAACUUAUUGUAUUGCUGUCAAAAUAAAAGUAAAAAUAAAAUAAAAAAAUAAAAAUUUAGUAAAACAACAAAAAGACAAAUUGGUUAUAUUUUUAUGGAGACAGAAAGGUUAAUUCUACUACACUCAAAUAAGUUCAUGUUUUUAAAAUUUGAGCAAUUUUCUUUGUUUAGUUCAUAAUAUGUAGUUGUACACAAAUUAAUAAUUUCAAUCAAUAAAGGAUCAAGUGAACUUGUUGCUCCAGGGACCGAUUACAAUUUGUACAAGAGUCUUGAUCAGAUGUUGAUUUUGCUAAAUGGCUUGUCUCCAUUAAAAAUCUAACCCGUUUUUAUAUCAUGUUCUCUUUCUAGUAUGUACUUAUCAUUUUAGCUGAAGUUUAUAACGUCGAUUUGUUAAGGUACUUAUAAAGUAAACAAUCUAUUUAAACGUAGUUUAACAUUGGUGUUGAUGAAAAUGGUAAUUUAUUUUCCAAACAUUUACACAUUCAAUACGUUUACGGGUUUUAGUUUUUUUUUUAAUAUAACAAGGGUACUCUCUAAAUAUUGUAUACUUUUCAAGUAUCUAAACAAAUAGACAAAUAGUUAUAGUGACUAUAUCCUCAAUGGCCAAAAAAGUUGACGUUUGACAUAACCGACGCGAUAACAAGGCCAGUAAAUAAUGUAACAUUACCUCACAUGUGAUCGUGCUAGCUAAUUUACAAUUAAUAAUGUUUACGUGUUUAUUGCAGACUCAAUAGAAUCUCGUCCAAACGAAACUAUUUUCUGUUUCGUUUCAUCAUUGUGCUUGUAUGUUGGUUGGUAUAUUUAUGCAGAAAUAAGAGUAAUGUAAAGAUAAUCAAUUUCUUACGUUUUAUGAGGUUUCAGACUUUUUUCAUGUCUUUGGUAUAUUUUAUCCAUGACUGUACAUUGUAUCAAUCCCGUUAAAAGCCAUAAAGUUAUUGACCAUGAAAGUUUAAAAAAAUCUCUAAUACACGCACCAUAUUUCGGGUUAUCAAAAUCAUAAUUAGAUUUUUUUUAUAAAUAGUUUUAUUAAGUUAAUGUAGACAACCUUUCCCAGUAAUACACUCUUAUUUUACAACAUAUAAUGAAAAAAAAAAAUUUACAUUAUUGUCAAAAUUAUACUCCUAAGACGAUACCUUUUAAUUUGACCUUUGAAAGAUAUUUACAAACGCCAAAUCACGAUUAUUCGGACAGUAUAUUAUUUAAAUAAUAUAACAAUAAAGGACGAAUGCUGAUGUAUGAAAGUAUAAAAUAAGAAAAUAUCGUGAUAGGAGUUGAAGUUAGAUAAUUAGAGGACUGGAAAGGGGUUGAGACGUUAAUUAUGACGUUUGCUUAAUAUAUCUACUUGUUCUGAAAUUCGUUUAAGAGUGUUUUUUGAUAUUGCCAGCCAUCCCAGUAUCAAAUUGAAAAUUCCUAGAUAUUCCCUAUUAAGUUAAUCGAUAGAUACUUCAGUAUUAUGUUUAUGAAAAAUACUACUUAUUUAAAAUAUAUAGGUUUCAAAUAUAAACGUAUCGGUAUAUAAUACCUUUUCUAAACUGCGGCUGUCUUGUGUACAAAUAUUAUUAAUAUCUAAAUAAGUUUUAAUAAUGAGUAUUAUUUUGUAGUUGGAUUUAGUCUUUAAUUUGUUAAAUCAUGACAAAUAUUUAUUUUUUUGUACGUAAUUUAUACUUAAAAAAUAUUUCGGUGCAUAAUAUUUAUUAACUUUUUUGUAGUGAUGUUAAGGUGUCAGUUAUAUUAUGUUUAAUGAAAUAUAAAAUACAUCUAAUUUUAUUUUUAUUAAAAUAUUAAUGUACAUAUUUUUUUUACUUAUUUCGAUCGCUAACUAUGCACCGAUUAGUGUUGGAGCUUUUAAUUGUCACUGUUAAUUAACGAUGGUAUUUUAAUAAAUUGGGAAUCAUAAUUUAAUAUAUCUUGAAUAACAGUCAAAGUCUGUAGGAUUAUAUUAUAUGCACAUCUAUUAUUCCCCGAUAACAUUUCCGGCAUAAAAUGUUAGUUUUAUAAGUGAAUUUUGUUUUGUUGUUCGAUGGCAGCAUAAUAAUAUUAACAUAAAGUCUAAAAUGCAAUACAGCUGAAAAUCAAUACUAGGUGUUCGACUAAUGGCAAUGUUGUUUUUUAUAUAUAUAAAUGUAUGUAUAUAUUGACACGGUUGACUAAUAUAAUAAAUAAUGCCUAAAAUUUUAAUAAAAAUUAUAAAAGGUUUGCGUCACUUAACAGGAGCGCCGUGACGAUUGCAAUAAUUGUUAAUAAUUAUAUUUGUACUGUUAAUAUAUGUUGUGUAACGAGAACCAAAAAGGUCUAAAGAAUGUUAGUUCGCACUAAACGAAAGCUGUAAAACAUUAAUUAAGAGCAAUAAAGCAAUUGAUAGUUUGAAUUGAAAUUCUUUAAGGAAUUAUCUGAAAAGUUAGUUUGAGGUGUUUUGAUCUCUUAUAAACCUAAGUACAUUUUUUAGAUUGAAAGAAAUAAUUGUCAGGAUAGUUGUUAUUCAGUAGCUAAUGCAGAUAUUAAGGUAUAUUUUUCUUCUUUAAAUGUUAUUUCUUAAAACCUCUUUAAUACUGCUACGUUUUCUGUAGCAGACUAACUGACAGUUUAGCCCCCUAAUUUUCCUCACUCACUCGUAUCGGAAAUUUUAAAGGUUCCUUAAUACUAAAAUGAGGCUCCUUGCGAUUGAUUUCAGUUUCAAAAUUUGCUGAAUGGUCAGUUAUUCACCACAGAUUACAACCUACUGACAAACAUGGUUCUAUCGGGGUGUGACGUUACACUAGAUUUUAGCAUAGUAUGAUUUAUUCAUAUGAUUUUUUAAUACGAGAAGUGGGCUACUGCUAUAAGUAUAUAAGGCGAUUCGAACUAAUCGUGAUAUGCCACAUUUUAGACUUCGCACAUUACACCGCGGCGUUGACGUAGUGUGCAUUACUGUGGCUCACAUUAUUAUAUGGGACCUUACGCUCGAUACGAUCGGUAACGCAUGAUGCCGCUGGCCGCCGCAGUGCAAAGUGUAAAGGCUCUUAAGGUUCGUAUUACAGAAUGACAACUUAUCACUUGAGUACAGUUAGAAAGGGAUGUCGCUAUGUGCUGCUAUACAUAGUGACAUGCCUUUCUAACUGUACUUAAGUAAAGGUCAACACUUAGUUGUCAUUCUGUAAUACAAGCCUAAAUGCAGUGAUAAAAUCUUCAUUUGUUUUAUUUCCAACUAGUGAAUGUUGUGGAAUAUUAUAACUGAUGUGUCGGAGCACCUUUAGAUACAACAUUAUAAUUAUCUCCAGCUUGUAAUUGUAUUGUUAUUUUUUUGCUUUCAAUUACAUUCUAUACACACUUUCCCUUCUUCCGAAAUUAAUACAAGUUCACUGAAUUGAUUUGGAUUCGUUUGACAAAAAGUAAACUGUUUUUUAAUUUGAUCAAAUUGAAAAAUCCAAUACUAUAAUUACAUUUUCUUACAGGAAUUUAUUGACUUAAAACAUUGUUUCAGUAUAAUGUAUCUUGUCGACAAAUCUUAUUUGUCAAGCAUAUUCAAUUUAGUUCUGUGUUAAAUAUAUUUUUAUUUUGUAGAUGUGUAAAAAUGGAUCUCUUUCGGAAUACAAAAUUUUAUGAAUUUGUACAGUAACUUAAUAGAUUUUUGAGUAGGUUUUCGAUUGUAUUUUUAAACAGGGGAAGUGGCUUUCGUGUUAUGGCUUAAUUUGAACAUAGAUGUUGUUUUAACGAACCACAUGUAUUUAUUUUCAUUGUUUCUCGAAUGUUUUUCUUAAUUAUGUUUUCUUCUUUGGAUUAUAUUGCUAUUUUGAUCAUGGAAAGUGAAUCUUGUUUCAUCACUAUCUAAAGAAAUGAAGAUCUGUCUUCAAAAGGCCUUUGGCUAUUAUAAUAAAAAAACUAAUCGAUGCUAUCGAAUUUAAUGUAUAGAUAUUCGCGUGUAUCAUAAUUUUCAUUUAAAAUUCGGCUGCCUUGUCUCAGUAUGGUUUUGUUGAUACUGUUAUGGAGUGUUUAAAAUCAUAUAGAAAAUAAAAAAUGAGAAUUCAAAAACCA